GAUAAAUGUUUACCGCGUUAAUUGAUUUGUUUGAACCGUGUUUGGUUUCGUUUAUAUGUUUCAGUUUUAAUUGUAAUUAAUUAUGGCUGUUCCUGAAAGCAACGUUGUACAAGUUAGAGAUGAGGUUGGAAUGAAGUGUCAGAAGUUAUUUCACGACUUCCUUCAAGAAUAUAAGGAAGAAGGAGUGCCGAAGUACCACGAGCCUGUGAAAGAAUUAGUAAGUCCUGAACGAAGCACGUUGGAAGUGUCAUUCGAUGAUAUAGAGAAGUAUAAUCAAGCUCUGUCGACCACAAUUAUAGAAGAAUAUUAUAGAGUGUAUCCGUAUCUCUGCCAAGCCAUUUGCAAUUUUAUUAAGGACAUUGAGGGAGUUCGGAAAGACAAGGAGUGUUAUGUGAGUCUUAUCGACGUACCUACACGUCACAAAGUUAGAGAACUUACCACCUCCAAAAUUGGAACUCUGAUUCGAAUAUCUGGUCAAGUCGUUAGGACUCAUCCGGUUCAUCCGGAACUGGUGCUCGGUACUUUUCUCUGUUUAGACUGUAAUGCAGUGAUAAAAAAUGUUGAGCAACAAUUUAAAUUUACGAAUCCAGCCAUUUGUCAAAAUCCUGUAUGCAGUAACAGGCGCAGAUUUAUGCUGGAUGUGGAUAACUCUACGUUCGUUGACUUUCAAAAAGUCAGGAUUCAGGAAACACAAGCCGAGCUGCCAAGAGGAUGUAUUCCUCGCUCUGUUCAAGUUAUCCUGAGAGCGGAGACUGUCGAUAUAGUUCAGGCCGGUGACAGGUAUGACUUUACUGGAACACUAAUAGUGGUGCCAGAUGUUGGAGUUUUGGCAACGAGUGCUGCAAAGGCUGAGUCUGGUUCCCGGCAUAAAGCCGGUGAGCAGGGUGAAGGUGUCAAAGGUUUGAAAGCACUUUCAGUCAGAGAGUUGCAUUAUAAGAUGGCGUUCCUAGCUUGCAGUGUCACGGCUACUAGUUUGCGAUUCGGUGGAACGGAAGUGACAAUGGAUGAGAUCUCUCAAGAGAUAAUGAAGAAACGAAUGACGGAGGCAGAGUGGAACAAGAUCUACGAGAUGAGCAGAGAUAAAAACUUGUACCAGAACUUGGUCUCAAGUCUGUUUUCCGCUGUUCAUGGGAACGAAGAAGUAAAGAAAGGCAUUCUACUGAUGUUGUUUGGUGGAGUGCCAAAGACCACUAUGGAAGGAACGACACUCAGGGGGGACAUAAACUGCUGCAUCGUUGGUGAUCCCAGCACGGCGAAGUCUCAAAUGUUGAAACUGGUUGCCGAUCUUUCUCCCAGGGCUGUUUAUACUUCUGGGAAAGCUUCCAGUGCUGCUGGUUUGACAGCUGCCGUUGUCAGGGACGAGGAAUCUUCGGACUUUGUUAUCGAAGCCGGUGCGCUGAUGUUGGCCGAUAAUGGGAUUUGCUGCAUCGAUGAGUUUGAUAAAAUGGACCCAAGAGAUCAGGUUGCGAUUCACGAAGCUAUGGAACAACAAACUAUUUCCAUUGCUAAAGCUGGUGUAAGGGCAACUUUAAAUGCUAGGACUUCAAUAUUGGCUGCAGCGAACCCCAUAGGUGGUCGAUACGACAGAUCUAAGUCUUUGCAACAAAAUAUCCUCUUAACGGCUCCGAUUAUGUCGAGAUUUGAUUUGUUUUUUAUUCUGGUGGACGAGUGUAAUGAAGUAAUAGACAAUGCGAUAGCUAAGAAGAUCGUAGACCUUCACUGCAACAAUAUGAUCAACAUUGAGACGAUCUACACUCAGACGGAGAUCCUGAAGUACAUUAAUUUUGCGAAGCAUUUUAAGCCAGUUAUAAAUCCAGCUGCUGCUGAAAUUUUGGUGGAGAGUUAUACAUCCCUACGACAAAGAGAAGGCGCCGGUGCAGGAAAAACAUGGAGAGUCACUGUUCGACAACUGGAAAGCCUUGUGAGGUUAGCAGAAGCUUUGGCCAAGUUGGAAUGUGUUGAUGAAGUUACGGUGAAGCAUGUAAAAGAGGCUAGAAGACUGUUGAGCAAAAGUAUAGUCAGAGUGGAACAACCGGAUAUUGAUCUCGAUGAGGAAACGGAAGGAAAUAUGGGGAUGGACCUCGAUGAGCCACCUCCUCUCAUGGCUGCUUUCGAUGCAAUGGAUGCCACCACCCCUGAGUCUACUCCAGCUUCUGCUGCUGGGGAACGUUCCGUCGCUGAGCCACCCAAGAAGAAACUUACAAUGUCGUUCGAUGAAUAUAGAAAUCUUUCAAAUAUGUUGGUGUUGUAUAUGAGAAACCAGGAAAGCCGGUUUGAAACCGAAGGGGAAGGUAAAGAAGGAAUUAGGAAGUCUGAAUUGGUGGCUUGGUAUCUCGAUCAAGUGCAAGAUCAGAUCGAUUCGGAGGAGGAAUUGCUGGACCGGAAAGCAUUGGUGGAGAAAAUUGUAGAACGACUUAUAUACCAUGACCAAGUGCUGAUUCCACUGACACUGGCAGACUUCAAAGACAAGGAUGACUCCAGCGAAGUAAACGAAGACCAUUUACUGGUGGUGCACCCCAAUUAUGUUAUUGAUGUCUAAAAAGUUCAAUAUUUUUGUACAUUUUCAUUUAAUUCGUAAUUUUAUCCAGUUCGGCUUUAAGUCGUUAGUUCAAACUUGUACGCGACUUGUCUAGCAAUGAGUGACUCGAUACUUCCAGUGCCUUCCAGAGAACUUUUGCAUUUUUUAAUAAACCACUUUUUUUGUAAGACGGUUUUUAAAGUGGA